AUGGCCGGGCGAGACCGACGCGGGAGCCUGGCCCCGUCGUCGUCGUCGGGGUCGGGGUCGGGGAGGUGGAAGCCGGAGCACGAGCGGUGGCCGCGGAGCCCGGCGUGGUCGCGCCCGCUGUCCGACAGCGGCGGAGGCCGUGGCCGCAGAAGCAGCUCCUCCUCCUCCUCCUCCUCCUCCUCCUCCUCGUCCUUGAGGUCCCUGUUCCGUUCCAUCGGGGUGUGGUUCAGCUCGCUCUCCACCGCGUCGUCGUCGUCGUCCGCGUCCGCGUCCAUGAAGCGGAGGAGCAGGGACGCCGCGCUGGCGGGUGACGCCGGGGCCAAGAAGCCGCCUUUGCCGGGGUACGCCGGGACGAAGACCUCUGCGCGCGGGCUGUACAGCGGCGGUGGCCACGGCAGCGGCAGGGAGCACCGGCCGUCGUUCCAGAGCUCCGUCUUCUCCAUCGAGGAGAUCCUCACCGCCACCAACAACUUCUCGCCGGAGCUCAAGAUCGGGCAGGGCGGCUUCGGCGCCGUCUACAAGGGCGUCCUCCCCGACGGCACCGUCGUCGCCGUCAAGCGCGCCAUGCUGCGGAUGCAGAACCCUCACGUGGACGUGGAGUUCCGGAGCGAGAUCAAGAUCAUGGCGCGCAUCGAGCACCAGAGCCUGGUCCGCUUUUACGGCUACAUGGAGUGCGGCGAGGAGCGCAUCGUCGUCGUCGAGUACGUCCCCAACGGCACCCUCCGGGAGCACCUCGACAGGUGCAACGGGCGGUUCCUGGACUUUGGGACGCGGCUGGACAUCGCCAUCGACGUCGCGCACGCCGUCACGUACCUGCACAUGUACUCCGACCACCCCAUCAUCCACCGCGACAUCAAGUCCUCCAACAUCCUCCUCACCGACUCGCUGCGCGCCAAGGUGGCCGACUUCGGCUUCGCCCGCCUCGGCGCCGGCCUGGGCGCCGGCACCGCCGGGGAGGCCACGCACGUCACCACCCAGGUGAAGGGCACGGCGGGGUACCUGGACCCGGAGUACCUCAAGACGUGCCAGCUCACGGACCGCAGCGACGUCUACUCCUUCGGCGUGCUCCUCGUGGAGCUCGCCUCGGCGCGCCGCCCCAUCGAGACCAAGCGCGAGAUGAAGGAGCGCCUCACCGCGCGCUGGGCCAUGGGCAGGUUCAUCGGCGGCGCCUCCGCCGAUGUGCUGGACCCGCACCUCGCCCGCACGCCCGCCGUGGAACGCGCGCUGGAGAUGGUGCUGGAGCUCGCGUUCCGGUGCAUGGGCCCCGUCCGACAGGACAGGCCCGCCAUGAGCGACUGCUGCAGGGCGCUCUGGGCCAUCAGGAAGACGUACCGGGACAUGCUCGCCGCCGACGCCACGCCGCAGUUCUCCGACCGAGCCACCACCGCCAGCAGCGCCGACAGCAGCGGCGACCUCUGGAGGAUCUGA